AUGGAUCUGGAUGAAAGUUGCAAUAAUCCUGAAGCGAUAGAUGCUAGCGGACUAGCAGAUGGCCCUGUGACGUCACAAAAUAUACCAAAUGAGGACACCUCUAAAUAUGAUGAGCUUGGCAUCGCUGGUGUCUCUACACAUGACCUAUGCGAGCUUGAAAACAAUGUAUGUGUUCCGGUGAUUAAAGAAAUUCUUGGAGAAGAUGCAACCUCAUCUGGCUUUGAUCUUUUCAAUGCUCCGGAUUCCUCUGAAAAUAGUCGCUUUACUUUGAGUCCUUCAACUUCUGCAGACAAAUCUGGUCUCUGUAGCAGAGCUAGUGAUGAAGAAUAUAUUCCCGUGGAAGGUGAUACUAUAUCAGAAACGAGCUUUUCCGAAGAUGAUGAUGAGGGUACUGAAGAGAGUAAAGAUGCCCCACGAAAAAAGCGACGAAAACUUGAGAAAGCUAAAAAGAUGAUAAAACUUUUUGUCGAUGACAGUAAUGAUAUCGAUUUUGAAGAGCGUUUGAGAUAUCAGAAAAAGGGUGUUGUCUGGUUGUGUGGAUUGCAUGAGCAGUACGUGGGAGGUAUUCUGGCUGAUGAGAUGGGCCUUGGAAAGACUAUCCAGGUUAUCGCCUUUCUUCGAGCAUUGGACGAAUCUCAGAAGCAAGAUAAUUACAUGAAUUUCAAAGGACUUGGCCCUUGCUUGAUCAUAUGCCCUUCAACUCUGUUGAAACAAUGGGUCAGCGAGAUUCACCAGUGGAUGCCGCGUUGUAGGGUAUUGCUCUUUACUGCUAUAUUUGUGUAUAUUUACUCAAUAUCAAAUUUAAUCAGAGGAGGUUCUAUCUUGGUAACAACUUACUCAACUUUUCAAAAGUAUAGCGAGUUGCUUUUACCAACACCAUGGCACUAUGCCAUCCUAGAUGAAGGACAUAAGAUUCGGAACCCUAAAGCUCAGGUAUUACUCAUUAUUGUGCCGUUUCUCGUAAAAAGGAAGUUUAAAAUAUCGCAGACCGUCAAGCAAUUACACACUCCUUGCCGACUUAUUCUCAGCGGCACACCUUUACAGAACUCCUUGUCCCUCAUGGAUUUCGUGUACAGUGGAAAGCUGAACAGUCUUGACACAUUCACUGAAAGGUUUGCUAUCCCGAUCACUCAAGGUGGUUAUGCAAAUGCGACGAAACAGCAACUCCUCACAGCUUACAAAUGUGCUGUGGUUCUGAGAGAUGCAAUCAGCCCGUACAUUCUUCGCCGACUGAAAAAAGAUGUUAAGAAGUCGCUUGAUUUGCCGGAGAAGAACGAGAAAGUUCUAUUUUGUGAACUCUCUUCUGAGCAAAGACAACUUUAUAAGGACUACUUAUCAUCACGCGAAUGUCGCAACAUCCUUAAAGGAAGGCUAGAUGCGUUCGUGGGUUUGACACUACUACGAAAACUCUGCAAUCACCCUGAUCUGGUCACUGGAGGACCUAAUCGAUACGGUGAGUUUGAUGUGGCUGAGGACCCUUCCAAGGCAUUCGGUUAUCCUGAUCGGAGUGGAAAAAUGCGUGUUUUGCUGCAGUUGUUGACUAUCUGGAGGAAACAGCCAAAGCCGCGAAAUGCUGAACAUUCUCGAGAGGAGAUUGUUAGAAGAUGGGUGAGUUCGCAAUUCAACGAGGAUCCAGACAUAUUUAUUUUCCUGCUUACAACACGUGUAGGUGGCCUAGGGAUCAAUCUAACUGCAGCUAAUAAGGUAGUAAGGCAAAUCUUCAAACACUUUUUGGCAAAUCGCAUUCUGAAGGAUCCCAAACAACGUCAGUUUUUCAAAACGAAUGAUCUACAUGACUUAUUUUCUCUUUCCGAUGUAUCCAAAGAGGCUCCCACGGAAACGGGUACGCUGUUUGCAUCGGAAACAGAUGAAAUUCGCAAAAACAACUUUUUCGACGAAAAUGACCGAAGGUACUUUGCUUGGUUGGUAAUCGCAGAUUCGAUGUUUUGUUUCAGAAAGCACCGUAAGAGGAAGAAAGGAAGCAAGGAAACAGAAGAAGAUGACGAUGCCGAAAUAGUUCCUUCUUUAAGUGAAGAGAAGAAGGCAGAGCUACGUGAACGAGCAAGGCGUUUAGCAAAGUUACUAUCCUGCUUGCUCUUCGCUUUAAAGAAGCAUUUUAGGAGCUUGAGCUUGACAGCGUCUGUCGAGGAGGAAGAAGUAACCUCAGCUAAAGUAGCCACGCCAGAAGACCAACCAAACGAGAAAAAGCUAGAUGUUCGGCUAUCCAAUCAUAGUCCUGCCUCCGAAGAAUCAAUUUCUAGAGACAGCCACCAUCGUCAUGUAAAGUCUAAAAAGGAGAAGAAACACAAAAGAAAUCAUGAAGUUUCAUUGGAAAACAAGGGCAGUGAUGACUUUGUCCUAAGUUGUCUGCUAAAAUCAGCCGGAGUUCGCUGUGCGAUAAAACAUGAUGAUCUGGUUGAGGAUAAACCAUCUGAUUAUCUAAUUGAAAAAGAAGCGGCCGCUGCAGCCAACAAUGCGGCUAAAGCACUUGGGAAAAGAAAUGCAUCUUUUGUUCCAGGUCUAAUAGGUCCUUUGUUCGAGAAUUUCGGGCGCUGUUCCCGCCAUCUACAGCUGCAUUGUCGGCCUCGACCUCCACCACAGAGCACGCCCCAUUUACAGGAGAAAGAGUCACCGACAGCCUUUUUGCAGCAAUUCAUGCAAGGAAACGUAGAGCAAAUGAAGGCAAAGCAUCGGUUGGCCUGA